AUGGAGGAAUCAAGCAAUAACAUAGCCGAAUGGGAACAAAAACUUGUCGGUAAGAUUCUCUUGGAAGAUGAUGCCGAACAUACGCUGAACAACGAUGAGGUUGUAAGGAUUAAGGACCUGCCCUCUUAUCAUCGUGUUUUACCUCCUGGGGCCAUCAUGACUAGAGACUAUCGUCUUGAUCGGCUGAAUGUGUUCAUUGAUAAUAAUCGCAAGGUGGAGCGCGUUUACUACGGUUAG